ACAAUCAGCGCAGCGCUCCUGCUGGUCUCCUCCAUGUGGCAGCGCGGAGCAGCGGCAUUGGCUCAGGAUGGCUGCAUCGGCUGAUGGAUCGAGCGCCAGGCGCCAGGCGUGGGGUCCACCCCGGAUCGGAGCGAUCAGAAGCUCAGGACGAAGCAAACUUCGCGAAGACCUGAAAGGCAGCAGAAACGACGGAGGAAUUAGAUCUUGACUUCGCCGUGCGGCUCUGGCUCCACUGUUUCGGGAAUGGCAGCCUCAUCUGCGACGCUGAGCGGCCCGGAUUAUUUUGAGGAUAAAAGGGUUCUCUCAAGGACGGUUGUCCAUAGGCGCAAUAACGACAAGCGGCGUCGUUUGUUUCUUUCCCGUCCUGGAGUGGGAGCCCGACGACACACCAUUAGAGGGGGAGGAGGUCAGAGGCAUUGGGUGACUGCAUUGCGAGAGAAGGUCGGGGAGGCGUAUCCUUUACGUGGUAUCGCGUUGAGGGUUUAAUAAAUAGAAGUGGUUUCUUGCAGCAGCUCCGGGUCCAGUGGAUGUUAUGAAAGCGAUUCCUGAAACGUGAAUUGUUCGGAACUGAAAUUUGCGGAAAUCGGUCCUACGCUUCGGCGCUGCAGCGUGUCUGGGUUCCUCAAUUUCACGGUGAUCCGGGAUGGCCCCACAUUUGAAAGAAGAAGAGCAUCUGUUCGGAAAUGGGAGUCGUGAUUGUCAGGAUGACGUCUGGAUAGAUCUCAAAAUCGAAGCCGAGCAAAUGUCGGAAGAGAGGUCACCAGAUUUUGAGUUGUUGGGGCGAGAACUCUUGCCCGAAUUUUUGUUAUUCUCGAUUCUCAAGUGGAACACUUUAGAAGAGUGUUUGGCCACUCAUCUGUCUCAGAAGCUCGGGUGGAGUGCUGCACCAGCUGAGCGGUGGAACAGUGUAUUGUUGACGGCUUUUAGAGAAGGGAAAUCUGCUAACGGCGAACCUCUGAGUGAACUUAUCAGGAAAGACUUGGUCGUUGUGAAGGAACAAGAUCCUGCUUGUCCCAGUCUUGCACAUGCCUUACUGCAUUACAAAGGAUAUCAAGGCUUGGAGGUCUAUCGGGCUGCCAAUUGGUUGUGGAGGAAGGGUUUAAAAUCGCUGGCUUGUAUUUUCCAAAGUCGGGUGUCUGAAGUCUUUGGCCUUGACAUUCAUCCUGCGGCACAACUGGGAUGGGGGAUUAUGAUCGACCAUGGAACUGGGGUGGUUAUCGGCGAGACCGCUGUUGUAGGAAAUGGUUGCACAUUGCUACACGGAGUGACUUUGGGAGGCACUGGGAAGGAGGCUGGUGAUCGCCAUCCCAAGCUUGGUUGUGAUGUUCUUGUGGGUGCUGGAGCAAGCAUUCUUGGAAACGUCAAAAUAGGCACCGGUGCAAAGAUCGGAGCUGCAGCUGUUGUCCUUACCGACAUUCCUGCUCAUUGCACAGCAGUUGGAUGUCCCGCAAAGGUUGGAAACACUCACGUUACGGUUCCAAACCUCGGCUGGUGGGCCAAAUUAAACUGGCCCAGCCGGCCGGGCCGCACCCUUUGUAAAGUUUUUUCAAAGCUUUGAAGACGAGGGUGAUUGGUCGAGCCAAGGAAGAAAACCCAGCCAAGUCAUUGGAUCACUCGUGUCGCUUAGUCGAGAUGUUCAGGAGUCGACCUAGGCCAUUAUGUCCUUUCCGGAAAUUAGAUUCUCAAAAGAAAGGAUACUUGGGACCGCAUGAGUUUGAGAAUAUGUUGCGAACUGCAUGCAAAGUGGAAAUCAGCUCGAGUGAAGCAAACGAUCUGUUUUUCAAAAUGGAUUCUGAUCACGAUGGUCUGCUGACGGAAGCAGAAUAUAAUGAAAACCUUCCUAUCUACAUGGAGGUCAUGAGAAAGAGAGCCGUCAGUGUACGUUGAUUUGGAGAGUCGAAGUCUUGUAGCGAACGAUGUACUGGAACGUCGAAUAACAUUAUCUAUGUAGGUAUUGGAUUGAUGUAACUGUAUAAAAUCCUGGCAGCAACUUCGAGAUGUUCAUAGAAAGACCCUGUAUAUAUCUAGUGAUGUGACCUACACACCGCAAGGCACAGGUGCAUAUUUCGUGCACCAUCAGUCAUAGCUAGGGUCCUAGAAGCUGACAUGUAAUCUGGUAAGCAAGGCGCCUUUGAUCUCUGAUGAGAACAUGCUGCCAAAAUAGGGGCAUCAAUGUAAAGUAGUUAGUAGGCCGUUGUGAAAGGACUUUCAUCUCAUCGUUUGGAUGUGCCUCUUUUCUCAAUUUGUUUAUUAGAACGGGACUAAUGUGCUUUCAGGGCCUCCUUACAAAUAUAUUAGGAUACACAUAUUUUGAGCGUUUAAUGUUCCUCAGUGGUUUAAUUGCAACCUCAGUGGUUUAAUUAAACCUAUGUUUAAUUGCAAUGUACUGCGCUUGCAGUUUAUAUGGUUUUGAUUUC